AUGUCCAGCUCUGUUGAUGAGAAGGGUGGCGGCUCAGACAACCCUCAUAAUGAUUCUAUCUCCGUGUAUGAACGACCAAAGGGCUGGCGUGGUGUUUACUAUCACCCCAUAACGCAAAUUGUCAUGGUUGCUUUUGUCUGCUUCUUAUGCCCUGGGAUGUUUAACGCCCUCACUGGACUCGGCGGAGGCGGCCAAGUCAACCCAACGAUUUCUGCAAACUCAACUUGUGCGGUAUACGCGACAUAUGCGUUUUUCGCGUUCUUCUCCGGAACCGUCAAUAACAAGAUCGGCGCUAAGCGUACCCUGCUAUUUGGAACAUUGGGCGCAAUUAACAUCCACCCUGGCGCUGGCUGGUUUGUUGUUACCUCGGGUGCCCUUCUCGGUGUCACUGCUGCGUUCCUGUGGACCGCUCAAGGCUCAAUAAUGCUAAGCUACUGCACUGAGGCGCAGAAGGGCAUCUUUAUCAGUAUAUUCUGGGCCAUUUUCAACAUGGGAGCAGUCGUAGGCGCUACCGUGUCCUUCGGGCAAAAUAUCAAUUCAACGACUAAUAGCGUCAGCAACGGAACAUAUGUCGGGAUCCUGGUUCUCACAAUACUUGGGGUGACAAUCCCUCUUCUGAUGGCCGAUCCUGACAAGAUGAUUCGCACGGACGGUACGAAGGUCGCCAUCCCUCGCCAUCCGUCCUGGAAGUCGGAAUUUUAUGGCCUAUGGGUUGCAAUCAUCACAGACCCCAUGAUCCUCUUGCUCUUCCCGAUGUUUUUUGCGAGUAAUUACUUUUACACAUGGCAAUUCAACGAUUACAACUCAGCAUUGUUUAACAUCCGCGCGAGGUCUCUCAAUAACUUCAUGUACUGGUUCUCGCAGAUUAUUGGCAGUGGAAUUAUCGGUGUCAUCCUAGACUCCAAGAGGUUCCGGAGACGUGUGCGCGCGUUCACUGGGUGGGGUAUCCUACUGGCGAUGACAUUUGCAGUACACAUCUGGGCUUAUUAUUAUCAACGGACGUACACCCGGGCUUCCGUUCCCCCGGACUCGCAGAAGAUGGAUAUUUACGACCCAAGAUACCCAGCACAUGUCUGGCUCAUGAUAUUCUAUGGAUUGCUGGACGCAAUGUGGCAGACGACGAGCUUCUGGCUCAUCGGUGCCAUGAGCAAUGAUACGAACAAGCUGGCUAUCUACUCCGGGUUUUACCACUCUAUUCAGAGCGCCGGAGCUGCUGUUGUAUGGCGGAUGGAUGCAAUUGGGGUUCCCUACAUGAACAUCUUCCUCUCUACGUGGUGUCUAGUUGUCGCUGGUCUUGUAUUCUGUUUCCCGAUGAUCUACCUGCGUAUCAGAGAUACAACUAUGCUCGAAGACGAAGGCUUGACAUCUUUCCUGAACUGCGAACACUUGGCCCCUCUGGUGCCAAAGGUUAAAGUGGUUUACUCGCGAUCAGGGAAAGGCGCUCGUGAACUCGCUGCCCAAGCAACAGUCAUCCUCGAUACUACCCCCGAUGUCUACUUUGGCGGAAGUAUACAUCUUUGAAUCUCUGAUGCACUCCUCGCCAAGUCUGACAUUUCAUCCAUAAUCAUCAUCCUCCAAAUCACCCAUCAUAGAGUAGCCGAAAUUGGGAGGUUGAGCCGGCCCACGUUGCCGCUGGCUGUGCUCUCGCAGCCAGUAAGAUAGGAAAAGUCACCGCUCUCGUGCUAUUAACUUCAUGGACCGGGG